AUAUAUAUAAUAAUUUAAUUAUUAAGUAAUAGUUCCUUAAAAAUCUCUUUUUACUUUUAAAGUUGAUUUAACUUGAUUUUUUAAAUGAACGCAUUAUCAAAUGUAAAAUUAAAUUUAAUACAAAUGCAUAUAGUUGAUGUUUUCCUUUUUGCUUUAUUAUUUUAUAUAUAUUAAAAUACGUUUUUAACAAAAAAAGAAAUGUAUCUUUAGACUGCAUCAAACAUAUAUUUACCAGUGAAUCCUUGUUGGGAUGUUUGCCCAUAUGCAAUUUGUGCUUGUAUAAUCUUGUUACAUACAUCUGUAACUAUAAGCUUCUAUGAAAUGUCGAAUUGAUCCACAUUUUCUUUUUACUUUUAAGUUUCCUUCCACAUGCGUGUCCUGCAAAAGUUUUAUUCCUUCAAUGAUCAAAGAAAAUUAUCCGCUUAUUAAGCAAUUGAUUGUACAGUCGGAAAGAUACAAUCCUCCUCUCAUUCAAUAUUACUUUUAAGACUUGUAAUUGCACGCUCCGAACACAACUUAGGUCCGUUCGUUUAAAAUAUUUAACGAAUAAUUGCGAUCGUUCCAUGGAGCUACAUUUAUUUGUCUUCAAGAUACAAAAAAAAAAAUUCUAUAGAUGUUCGCUUUCUUGAUGGCAUCGCGCUAUCAAAGAUAAAAGCUGAGAAAAAAGUGACAUAUGGACAACCAACUAUUCAUCGCGCGAUAUCUUUGUGUUAUUUUAAUAUCGAAAUACACAUUAUUAGACUUACAGUUGAAUUACGGGGUGUUUAUACGGAUAAUGAGGGCGAUCUUAACUUAAAUUACGCAGAAACGUAUGAUAGCGAUUGAUCCGUAUUUGCUUGAGUGGGGAUGCAUCGCGUGAGGGUGCACGUGGAAAGACGGACGAUGCUGUCUCUCAGUUCACAUUUACAAAUGUGCCGACAUUGAUCUUUAUCAUUUUCUCGUGUCUUUAAAAUUCUUGACGAAUGAUUGUCUCGAGUACCAUCAGUCCGGGGCUGAAAAUCGGUCUUCGAUGUUUUGGUGUAUGGCCCAACGUGCCAUAUUCCACCGUUAAUUGGCUUCUUGUUAUGUCGAGCAUUCUGAUUGUACAAUACUUUCAAUAUCUGUACGUAUUCUCGCACUUUAAGCUUAGCGAGCUUUCAAAUCUUGUGGAUGGCUUAUCUUCGACUUUAGAGAGCAGUUUGAUGUUUAUUAAGAUGGCUAGUCUUUGGAAGCAUCGUCGCCUUCUUCAUCAACUCUUGACUGCAAUGAAUAACGACUGGCGCGAGUGCAGCAACAUCGAUCAACAUAAGAAUAUAAUGACAAUUAAAGCCGGUAUAUCGCACUUUUGUUUCAAUGCUAUGUUGAGUUUUAAUACAUUUGCUGCAAUACUUUACCUCUUGGGGGAUUACGUGAUUCGUUUUGUGUAUCUAACAAAAGAUUACAAUAACAGUUUGCUGCAAUUUCCUGUCAAGGCACAAUUUCCCUUUGAAACGGAGCAAUCGCCAAUCUUCGAGUUGCUUGUCUUAGCCUUAUUUUUACAUGUGAUGUCAGAUUCUAAAUCUGUCUCCAAUGCAGCAUACGAAUCACUGUGGUACGACAUGCCGUCAAAUCAAGGUAAGAUUAUAUCAUUCAUGAUACUGAGAUCACAGAAGCGAUUAGUGAUCACAGCAGGGAAAAUCAUGACUCUAUCCUUGGAAACUUUCGCGAGUGUAAGUUUUUUGUCUUUGUUAAUGCAUCGAGUACAAUCUCAUGUACAGUUAAAUGUUUUUCAAAUUGAUGAAUCUUUGCGUCGCUCACCCGGUAAUCGCUCAACCUCCCGACGUCGAGAAACGCCGAUUCUAUGCGAGAUAAUGCGCGCGACUUCCAUCAGCACUUCCGUCGAGUUCGGUCUCCGCUUUGUUGGGAUCUGGCCGGGCUUGCCGUACGGAACCUUCACUUGGUUCGCGUACAUGACGAGCCUGGUGAUCAUGAUGUACUUUGAGUACGCGUAUAUUUUCGAUCAUUUCGACAUCGACGACAUCUCGAAUCUCAUCGACGCGCUCAGCAUCGCGUUGGCUUGCAACCUCGGUUUUCUCAAGUUAUUUUACGAUAUCCUGCUAGCGAUGGACGAGGAUUGGAGUAACGUUCUUGAUCGCGACCAAUCUGUGUUGCGUAUCAUGUCGAGCAAUGCCAAUCUAUCGCGUCGCUACUCAAACAUGUUGAUCAGCAUCAAUACUACCGCCGCGAUUUGUUACACCGUGCCCAGUUUUGCGCGACACUCGGCAAACCUUGAGGAGAAUCUCAACGACAGUUUGAGAGUACUACCUCUAAAGAUGCAGUUUCCUUUCGAGACUAAUGCCUCGCCCCUCUUCGAGUUUCUAGCGAUCGCUCAGUUCCUUCACGUAGUGUCGAUCUCCGCUUUAGUCGCUAUGAUAAACUGCUUAAUCAUCACGCUGGUACUUCACGUGAGUGGACAGAUCGAUAUCCUUCGUCGAGAGUUGUUGGCGAUUUGCUAUGACCAAGAUUCGCAGCACGAUUCAAUCGUCGCGAGUAUCAGACUUCUGAUUACUCGGCAUCAAAGAAUAAUAAUGUUCUCGGAUAAUAUCGAGGAGCUUUAUUCCAACAUCGCGUUGAUGCAGUUUCUGUCGAAUACCGUGGUUAUUUGUUGCAUCGGCUUCACGUUUAUAAGCUCCCUCGCCAAGGACCGAGCCACCGUGGUGCUGCUGAAAUCCGCUAUCUUUUAUUUCGCCAUAACGUUGGAAGCCUUCAUCUUUUGCUUCGUCGGAGAAUAUCUCAGCGCCAAGAGCAAAUCGAUUGGCGAUGCAGUGUACGAGUCGCUCUGGUAUAACCUGACACCCGCCGAAUGUCGAAUUCUAUUAUUUGUGAUAUUAAGAUCGCAGAAAAGAUUGACCAUCACCGCCGGAAACAUUAUGGAUCUCUCUCUGGAAGGAUUUACGACGUCGGAAGCGUUUCUAUUCGAAGGCAGAACUCUGAAAAUGGACUCGAAGAUCGAUUCGACCAUCCUCGACGGCACUGUCAGUCGCUCGAUCGAGAUCGGUCUCCGCGUGAUCGGCGUUUGGCCCGACUCGUCUUACGCCUUCCUUCGUCGCGCCUUCUGGAUGAUCACCCUGACGAUAGCGCAGACCUUUCAAUAUCGCUAUUUCGUCGUACACGUCCGCACCGAAGAUCUGUCGCAUCUCAUGGACGGUCUGAGCACCACGAUGUCCUACAGUCUGCUGCUUCUGAAACUUACGAUAUUCUGGAUCAAUCGACGAAUAUUCCACGAUAUUCUGACGAUUAUGGCUCGCGAUCGAAGCGAGUGCGCGACCGACUGGGCCGCCUGCUCGAUGUCGAGGACGAUUUACGUCUCGCAUCGUUCCUCCAACCUGAUCAUCGGUCUCUACUCGAUGUCGGUGUUUCUCUACGGCACCGGCGUGCUCGUCGGCGUGGGCGACGAGAUCGACGACGAGGCCGACGAUGUACAGCUUGCGGUGCCGGCGCGGGAGCUGUUUCUCAAGAUGGAGCUACCCUUCGAGUCUAAUGCCUCCCCCGUUUACGAGGUCGUCAUGGUCACGCAGUUUUUUCAUCAGCUCGCGGCAGCCACGAUAGUCGGCGUAUUGAACGCUCUAAUUGUCUCGCUGAGUAGAAUGAUCGGCGAUGCAGCGUACGAGGCGAAAUGGUACAAUUCGUGUCCCACGCAAAGUCGUAUAUUAUUAUUAUUGAUUUUGAGAUCGCAGAGAAAAUUGACUAUUACAAUCGGAAAAUUUAUGGAUCUCUCCUUAGAACGUUUCACGACAAACGAGAUGGAAUUGAUGACUACUGUGAGUCGUUCCGUGGAAUAUGGUCUUCGCGCGAUCGGUGUAUGGCCGGGUACAUCGUACGCAAUCUUAUUCGAAGUCUUCAGCAUAUCGUCGAUGGUGGUGUUUCAGACAUUUCAAUAUCGGUACGCGAUCGUGCACUUUGGGCAAGAGGACCUUGCGCUCCUCAUGGACGCUCUAAGCGUAACUUUUGCUUACACUCUCCUGCUUAUCAAAAUGAUUAUUUUCGCGCUCAACGCUCGUCUGCUGAACGAUAUCAUAGGACGCAUGGUCAAGGAUUGGGAGGAAUGCGACAUUUUGGACAGGUAUACGAUGAUCAGGAUGGCUUAUAUUUCUCGUCGCUUUUCCAACGUAAUAAUCUUCUCGCACACGAUAUCGGUGUUUUUUUAUGCCACCGGUGCGCUUCUUAAGCAGAAGGGCGACAAUGAAACCGACGCUCGAGAACUUAUCGUUAAGAUGGAGUUACCCUUCGAGGUUGAGAGUACGCCAAUAUAUGUGACUGUUCUCAUUACGCAGUUCCUUCAUCAAUCGAGCGCGGCUGCUAUGGUGGGCGUGCUGAAUUCCUUUCUGAUAACAUUGAGCGAAAUGAUCGGAGAUGCGAUGUACGAAUCAAACUGGUAUGAAUUGAAUCCAAGUCAGAAUCGAGAUGUCCUCCUCAUGAUACUAAGAUCGCAGAAGCACUUGAAGCUCACGAUCGGAAAAGUCGCGGAUCUUUCUCUCAAGCAAUUUGCCGACAUCUUUCAGUAUCAGCAUUUAAUAGUGCAUUUCGGUGAAGAGAAUCUACCGCUCCUCAUGGACGUACUAAGCGCUACGCUUACUUAUAGCCUUCUGUUUGUCAAGCUCAUUAUUUUUGCGUUCAACGCGCGUCUGCUGGACGAAAUUAUAACGAUCAUGGUCGACGAUUGGAAGGAGCGUGAAGUUUCAGAUAAUUACACGAUGACCAGAAUGGCCUACAUCUCUUAUCGUUUACCAUUCGCGAUCGAGAGCUCAUCGGUAUAUGUGGCUGUUCUCGUUACACAGUUUGUUCAUCAGACCAGUGCGGCUAGUAUGUCUGGUGUCUUGAACUCCUUGUUGAUAACACUGGUUCUUCACGUGGGUGGGCAAAUUGACAUAGUGAGAGAAAAAUUGAGUAAAAUCAGGCGGACAGAUAUCGAGCAAAAUGCGAGUGACAGCAUUGUAAAAACAUUGAUCGUCCGACAUCAGAGAAUCAUCUUGUUCUCCAAGAACAUCGAGGCACUUUUCUCGAAUAUCGCGCUGGUACAAUUCGUAUCGAAUACUCUGGUUAUUUGCUGCCUAGGAUUUAUCAUUGUGAUCUCUAUCGGUGUCCCGGGCGGUUCGGCGGUGUUAAUGAAAUCAGUGUUAUUUUACAUUCUUAUCAGCUUGGAGGCAUUUAUACUUUGUUUCGUCGGAGAACAUCUCAGCACGAAAAGCCAAAUGAUCGGCGACGCGGCGUACGAAUCGUUUUGGUACGAAUUAAAUCCGAAUCAGAAUCGAGAUAUACUUCUCAUAAUCUUAAGAUCGCAGAAGCACUUGACGCUCACGGUCGGAAAGAUCAUGGAUCUUUCCUUGAAGCAAUUUGCUGGCCAUUCUGCAUUAUUUCCUCACAAAACAGUAGUAGAAAAUAUAACCUUUGCUAUCCGCAGCUCUUCCAAGAGAGAAAAGCACCUAAUUGCAUUGGAAAUCUUGAAGUUACUCAAUAUAGAAAAAUAUGAAAAUAUGUACCCUAACGCCUUAUCUGGAGGACAGCAACAAUUAGUUGCAAUAGCAAGAGUGAUGGCACAAAACCCUGAUGUUGUGUUGUUGUGUUAA